UUUCAAUCAAUUUAUAUUUUCAUAUCUUGUUUACUUCAGGUUUUGAUAUGAUAUCAUUUAUGGAAAAACAAUGUUUUUGAUUUUAUUUAUCAAUAUACAUCAGUACUACAAACACUUUAGGUUAAAAACAACCCUAUUUAUAUAAUGAAUCUAGUAACAUCAAGUUUUUUCUUACUAACUUCCCUGUUUCAUCUUUGUCUAGGCAAUAAUUUGAAAAUCACUAAUGGCAAAGAAGCAAUUCCACAUUCCCUCCCCUACCAAGCUUUCAUCAGCGUAACAGGAGAACAAGGCAAUUACAUUUGUGGAGGCUCCAUAGUUUCAAACCAAUACAUUCUAUCCUCAGCCACUUGUCUUAACGGAACGUACGUUGCGUUUGUAAUUGUGGGGGCUCACAACAUCUCGGCCUACGAACCAACCCAACAAAGAUUGUCCUCCUCGAAGGUGAUAGUACAUCCAAAAUACCACUCAAUAACUCUUGACAACGAUGCAGCUUUAAUUGAGCUGCCAUUUUCAAUCGAGUUUGACGAAUACGUCCAACCUAUAAAGUUGGCAAAGGAUAGCGAUGUUAGCUACGACGGGGAAAUUUGCAAACUGGCCGGCUGGGGGACGGAAGACCCUUCCAACCCCAAGGCGUCGCCAGUUUUGAGGUACAUGCAAAGCCAAAUAUUGGACAUUGAAAAAUGCAAGCAAUGGGACGAGGACUUCAACGACGACAAAAUUUGUGUAAGUGGAGAGGGACAUAAAUCAUUUUGCUUCGGAGAUUUCGGAUCUCCGUUGACUGUUGACGAUGAGCAGGUUGGAAUUACCUCGUUUACAACUGUUGGGCUUUGCGGGGAAGGAGUUCAAGGUUUCACCAGGAUUUCCAGUGUUAUAAAUUGGAUUGAAUUGUAUGUUGGUGUUUAAUUGGCAAAUAUUGAUAGUAACAUUGUCU